AUGAGUAAUAUUUUUAAAUAUAAACAAUAACUAAAUUUUAAUAACAAUACUUAAAAUUCUCUGUCUUCCCUAGAUGACAAUACUCCUAAAACAAUUGGUUCACUUAACACAGCUUCUUAGCUUUCCUUUGGCGAGCUAACUAAUUCACCAAUAAUAGAAGAUAAAUCUUCUAUGUAUUACCAAAACUCAAUUGGACAUAAGAAUAGAAGUGUGAAUGAAAACAAUAAUCUGAAAAGAAUUUAAAGGCAUAGAUAACUGGUAUAAAAUAAUAUUAAAGAGCUUGCAAAAGUCAUCAAUCAUAACUAUGAAAACAAAAGCAACAACUUAUCUAAAUAGAAUUAAUAAAAUAUCAAUAACUCUCCUUAUUUUAAUAAACUAAAAAUAAAUAUCGUCAGUAAAGAUUUAAAAUCUCUUACCAAUAUAACCAAAGAUUAAUAAAAAAUUUUAGGUAAAAGAAAGGUAAAUAAACGCUAUUCAGCUUUGUAAUCUGAAACAAAAAAUUCUGCUUUAGACUAAUCUGAGUAUUUUAGUACUAGAUCCUCUAAACCUAAGUUAAGCUUUUAGGGAUAAUUUGAAAGUAGUUAAUCUUCUUUUUAAUAACUCUAAUUACCAUCAUUAACUUUUAAGGAUAAUCAGACUAGUACCUUAAAAUACUAAUCAUUGGUAAAUAUUAAACUAAAAGAAAGUUAAUAAUCUGAAGAAAAACUUAUCAAAAUAGAAGAUUACAGUAAUGAUAAAGAAAUUAAUAAAGGAAAUCUAAACAACUAAUAAAUUACGAAAUAAAGUGAAACAAUAAAUUCGAUCAAUAUUGACAAAUCUAAUUUCUAUGAAAAGUUUUAAAUAUUUUUACAAAAUUUUCCUUCUCAGUUUAGAAAAUUGAUAAAUAAAAAUGAAAAUCUUUGUAACGCACUUGACUUUUUUAGAAUUGAAAGUAUCAAAAGCUAAUCUGCAUAACUAGAUUUACUCAUUAAAUUUUUGAUUAAUUGCCUUAAAAUGUUUUUUAAAGAAAUUAAAUAAAUAGAGGAGAGUUUAGAUAGCUAGUUUUUUAUGAAUGAUGUAUAGAACAUAAAUCAGCCAAUGAAACAGCCUAAAAAUAAGAUAAUUAUAAAUUGCGCAACUGCUUAGCUUAAAUUAUCAAAAAAUCUUUUCAACGAUAUUUGUGAAACUGUAUUUUAGAUAUUAUAAAAGUUCGAAAUCCCCAAUAUACAUUUCAAGGACAUAAAAAAAUUAAUUGCAUAAUAGUGGGAUUCUUAAUUAAGUUGUGUGACGUUUGCUGAUAAAAUUGGCGGAUAUCGUAACUUAUUACCUAUUAUUGAUAACUUAUCAAAUUAGAUUAUAGAUACGUUUUAACUUUCUAAGUAGGAGCAGGAGUAUUUAGAACUCUAAAAUUACUCAAAGCUACUAGAAAUCAUGAAAGAAAUAAUUAAAAAAUAUUCUCAAGAAGUAGAAGAAAUAAAUAAAGUCUAAGCAAAGGCAAGCAAUUAAAAGUCUAUGCUAGAAGAUUAUAUAGCCAAAAUAAAGGCUGUAUUUCAGAGUAAGAGCUGCUUUGGAGCCUUUUCAAAAAAUACUCCCUUCUUUUUAGUAAAAUACAUACUAUGGAAUGCCUUAUUUAACUCUGCUUAAGGCAAUCUAUUUCCUAAUGAGAUUAAGCUGUUUAUUAUGUCUAUCUUUGAAAAGUUGAGAAAUGAAUGCUUUAGCACUGCUUAUUGGAAACAAGAUAUGAUUUCUCAAUAGAGAAUGAAUAUUCUAUAUAACACUAUCUCAUCUAAAUAGCAGCUACUUAAAUACUUAGGACCUUAUUUCGUCUCUCAAGAGAAAAUUUUUUGCAAAGCUCUACUUUAAUUUAUCAUAGGAUAAAAUACGACUUCGGAAUUUUUAAAUAAUAUAAAAGAAUAAAUAGACCUCAGUUCUAAUUAUUAAUAUUUCAUGAACUAAAUAAAUAUUGCCAUGCAAGAAGCAUUGAUGACUAAUAGUAUGAUAGCUCUUUCCAACAUCAGAAUCUUAUUAUAAAAUAAAUUCUUUUUAAUUAAUCAAAACUUAAAUCAAAAGAUAUUCCUAAAAGAAUCUUUCUUAUAAGAGCAUAGUAUCUAAAUCAAAUCUAGUGAUAGCACAAGUAUUGAGUAAACCAUGCAAAUAAUAUUGAGCUUGCUUCUUUCUCAGUUUAAUAGAAAGCAAGAAAAUUAAGAUAAUUUAUCAAAUUAUUUUAUUAGCUAACAAAAGUUGAGUUAUAAUGAAAAAAUUUAAAUAGUAACCAAAUACUUGCUAACUAUAAUUCUUGAUACAAAAUCUUAUUCUGUGUUUGAUAUCUAGGAAAUACUAGAUAUUCACUAAUUGGAGAAAAAUAUUCAACUUAAGCAAAAUAUACUAAAUGAAAGUAAAAAGAUAUUAUAUUCAAUUAAAUUGAGUAUAUAAUAGGUAAAUAUCAUUUAAUAACUUCUGGAAUGCAGUAUUUUCCCAGCUAAUUCUUGA